CGCAACCAAAAUUGGCUAGGGGGCCAAUGAGACUUCGGGGAAUGUGGUGGUAAACAUGAAAUGCGUCGCUAAUGCAUAGUUUUUGAGUUAUGAGGGGUUGAAAAAUACCCUAGAUGUAGGGAAAUUCCUUACAGUUACUUAGAUGUAGGGAAAUUUCAUACAUUCCAUUUUUUUUUUACAACGUACGGAAACCAUUGCACGCGUAUGUCACGUUCACGUGCACGAUAGUGCUAAUGUCUUGCAAAAAAUAAAAGCGUUGAUAAUUUCAAAAUUUAUUUAUACCUACUUUUGAGAAUAACGCAAUUAAAGUUUGCUUCCAUUUUCGUGCUGCAAACCUGCCUUUAUAUAACUGCUAUCAGUUCAAUAAUCAAAUACCAAUGCACGUACAUAAUGAUAUGGCACCUGGUUCCCCCUCAUAAAAGGUAUUAGUUGUUUAAGGGUGAGGGUGUCAGGAUGCACCAAGCCCCUUAUUGUUGCCAGCUUUGGUCUAAAAGUUCCCUGGUACAUGUUCCUCACUGGUACUUCCAUUAUCCUCUUUCCUCUUCCUUUUCUUCCCCUUCAUUGGUGUUAUCCUUCUUUUCUCUCUGAGUUCCAGUCCUUGUUCAGUGUAUGCAGCUGAGGUUCCCUUCCAACUAGCGUUCCCCAUGCACUGAGGGUGGAGGUCGUGGAGCGGUGUCCCUGAGUGGCAGCGUGCCAAGACAAGAGGCGCCAACUGAGUAGAGUCAUUUGUUGCUGCACUGCAUUCAGGGACCAAAAAAGAAUCCAUAUUGGAACUUCCUGAGAAAUAGCAGCUGAUCUUUCGAAGAUGCGGGAGGUCCCACUGAGUACAUGUGAGAGGACCUCACUGGUGUCUUCUAUAUAUGCUGGCCUUCGUUACGACAACAGAAAGUUUCUGGAGGUGCGGGACAUCACCCUCAACUUUGGCAAGGACUAUGGUUCAUGCACAGCCACCCUUGGGGAAACAAGGGUACUGGCACAGGUGACAUGUGAGGUAGUGGAACCUCGUCCUUCACGGCCAAAUGAGGGGAAAUUGUCCAUUGCAGUGCACUUGUCUCCUAUGGCAGCACCCCACCUAGAGCCUGGCCGCACCAAUGACCUGGUCGACGAGCUGCAGCAGAUCCUCGAUCGCAACAUUAAGGAGUCACGAUGCCUUGAUCUGGAAUCUCUCUGUAUCCAGGCUGAAGAAAGUGUGUGGCAGCUGCGACUCGAUGUGACUGUACUCAAUCAUGCUGGCAAUCUUGGGGAUACAUGCAACUUAGCAUCUGUGGCAGCCCUUCGACACUUCCACCGGCCAGACGUGUCAGUGGAAGCAGAUGGGCGAGUGACAGUGCACACCCUAGAGGAGCGGGAGCCAGUACCUACUUUCAUGAGGAAAGUGCCUGUCUGCCUUACCUACGGCUUCUUCAUGGAGAAUGAUGAGAAAUGCCAUGUGGUGAUGGAUCCCACUGAGCGAGAAGAAAGGGUAAUGUGUGGAAGGCUGGUUGUAGGACUCAACCCUCAUGGAGAAGUUACUUCGCUGCUGUUUCCUGGGCGGGUAGUGAUGCAGAAGCAAACUCUUCUUUUCUGCAUUCGCAAUGCUUUCUCCAAAGCUAAGACCAUGGCUGAGGCUGUACAGCAGGCUGUGGAAGAUAACUUGACUCAGCAUAAGGCUACCCUUGUCAAACCUCAUGGCUAUGAGAUAAAGAACUUAAGGUCAGACUCUGGUUAUAAUCGUUGGCUGAUUGAGCAAAGAAUUAACAGAAAGAAGCUAAAGAUGGAGGAGGGAGGGGUUCCUAUGGAAGAAGAUGUACAAGAAACUCUUGAGAAAGCCCAGAGUGACCCUUGUGUUAAUGAAGACAGCCUUCAAAGACCAUCAGAUACUUUUACUCAGGGACCACCUCAUAACAGCCCUUCCAUGGACAUUGACAGAAAAAAUGAAAAUGGAAGUUAUUUGGAUGGCAAGGAAACUGCUGAAUUGGAAGAUGAAGAAGAAGAAGUUAAGAGCAGAUUGACAGCCAGUGAUUUAUUUUAAGUAAUAAACUAAAAGAUAACAUGUACAAAGAAUUUACAGUUGUAGUUUACCCUGCUUGUAACCUCCACCUUGUUUAUGUAGAAAACAUGAUGAAUGAUUGUAUUGAAUGUAAACACAGUGAUUAUGAAAGUUUAUAAGGAAAGCCUUAUUUUCCACAUUAUAUUUGUGCAUUAACAGUGAGUUGAUAAAAGUAGUGGAUGAGUUUUAUAUAAGUAUCAGAGGAAAGGUACUAUUUAGAGCAAAUGUGAUCUUUUUAGAGACAGGAUAACUUUAAUGAAAAUUACAGAAGGAAGCCUAAAAUUAAUAUUGUCCAGUGUAAAGUAAGUCAUCCACUGACAUUCAGGGUAUAUUCCAUCUACUCAUCUUCCCUCUGACUUCACUAUGCCUGUUAUUAAAAAUUUUAAGAAUUA